GGCUUCCAUUAUGACAGCUCAAAUUAGACAAGCAUUUUCCAAGCCAUAGCGUUUGUAAAUUGAGCGUGAGAUAAAAUAAAAGAUAAGUUUGUGGACAUCUAGAACACAUUCGUUUCUUUAAGGUUUGGGAGUUCCAUUGAAACGAUUGGUUACGAAAGUUCUUUAAAGCAAAUAUUGUGCUUACAUUACCGCUCCUGUUUGUUGUUUCUUUGUCAUCAUUGUAGUUAAUUGCGAUAUAGUAUCGCAUAUUUGGCAUGAGCAAACGGCGUCGAAUGAGCUCUUUGCAAGAUGACGAAAACAGUGAGGAAGAUGCCUCUCCCGAGCAUAGUCCGGUUCCUACAACUACGAGGAAGAAGAAAAGGCUUGAUCCGAUGGAAUUAUGCCAGCAUCUGUACGAAUCUAUUCGUACGUUUAAGAAAGAGGAUGGUUCAACACUCUGUGACACUUUCAUCAGAGCACCAAAGCGACGCCAAGAGCCAUCAUACUACGAAGUAGUUGUAAAUCCUAUCGAUUUGUUAAAAGUUCAGCAGAAACUGAAAACAGAUUCGUAUGAAGAUGUUGAAGACUUGGCCGCAGAUAUCGAAUUAAUUGUGAACAAUGCAAAAGCUUUCUAUAAGCCAGAUUCAACUGAAUAUCAAGAUGCUUGUCAAUUAUUAGACUUGUUUAACACAAACAAAAAACGAAUUUUAGAACACCAUAUUGAAGAAGGAUGGUCAGAAUCCAAAACUCGUAAAAUUACUCGUCCCCGUAAAUCACUUACUACUGAAGAGGACGAAUACGAAGAAUGGUCAGACUUCGAUCCAUAUGAAGAACUUUUUGCAACUGUCAUGACUGCAACAGAUCCUCUAGACAAUCACGAUCUAUAUCAUAUGUUUCAGCUUCUUCCUUCUAAAAAACUUUAUCCUGGAUAUUAUGAUAUUAUAGACCAUCCAAUUGAUUUAAAAUUGAUUGCAACUAAAAUUCAAACCAGUGCAUAUUCAAGCCUCAAUGAAAUGGAAAAGGAUUUGUUGCAAAUGACAAAAAAUGCAUGCACAUUUAAUGAACCUGGAUCGCAAAUUUACAAGGAUGCAAAAAUGUUGAAAAAAAUUUUUAUGGCAAAAAAAACUGAAAUUGAAUCGGGACGGUAUAGAAAACCACCACUGAAACGCCCACGUCAGGCGUCCAGUGCAAUGGUAGCAGCCUUAAAGGAGGAAAUCGAUACUUCCGAUGAUGAUUUUGAUGACUCGAUAGAGACAGAGGGCGACGGUCCACUUUGGCAAUUAUUCGACCAACUGUACAAUACUGCGAAUACUAAUGAUCCCAAUGCCUUAGGUGCGCCGUUGGGUGAAGCUCUUUGGAAACUUCCCAACAAACGCUUCCAUCCAGAAUAUUACAACCAGAUUAAAAAACCAAUAUCGAUGGCUCAAAUACGAAAUAAAUUAAAAAAAGGAAUAUAUACACAUAUUACUGACAUGACUGCGGACCUUUACUUGAUGUUAGAUAAUGCGAAAAAAGCUAAUGCUCCUAACAGCAAGAUACACAAGGAUGCCUUAAAGAUGCAAAGAAUCCUGAAUCAAAAGCUUAUUGACUCUGGUGAUCUAGAAGAGAGCGACGAAGAUGAAGAUGAAGAAGAUACCGAUUCUUCAACACAUGCUUCGACACGUAAAAAGGGUCGUAUGCCUAAGAGUGUAGGGUCUCCUUCUCAUGGGGUUUCUAGUAAUACAGUUGUAUCUAGAACCAACCGCAUAGCACCAGCAGUGUCUCUCAAAAAGAAGUUAUUAUCAUUGCAUGAAUUCCUUGUUGGUUUUACGUAUGACGAUCAUCAGCCAAUGGCUCUGUUUAUGGAAAAGCCUUCUAAAAAACUGUAUCCUGACUAUUAUCAAGUCAUACAGCAUCCAAUUGAUAUGACAACAAUUGAAAACAAUAUCAAAGCUGAUCGGUACAGCACAAUUGAUGACAUAGUGGGAGAUUAUCGCCUAAUGUUUUCAAAUUGCCGAAAAUACAACGAAGAAGGAUCAAUGAUUUAUGAAGAUGCCAAUAUCUUGGAAAAAGCACUCAAUGAAAAAUUGAAGGAAUUCUCUGGAAUAAGCAAAAAACUGAACAUAAUAGGAAAAAUUCCUAAACCGGCACGAAAAAGUAACUCAACCCCACUAGAAAAUAAACUGAAGCAGAUGUACGACACAAUACGGGAAUACAGAGAACCGAAGCAAAAUCGUCAGCUUUCGUAUAUAUUUAUGAAGCUACCAUCAAAAAACGAAUAUCCUGAUUAUUACGACAUAAUCAAAGAUCCAAUUGAUAUAGAAAAAAUCGAAAAAAAAUUACGACAGCAAAUUUAUGAAACCGUUGAUGAUAUGGCAGCAGAUUUUAUGCUCAUGUUUGAAAACGCUUGCAAGUACAAUGAACCUGAUUCUCAAAUUUACAAAGAUGCUCUGUGUCUGCAACAAUUGCUCAUACAAACGAAACAAGCCUUGCGUAGCGAGGAAACGGUACCUAACGUUCAACAAGCGGUGCAGGAACUUCUACUGUCACUUUUUACCACAUUUUAUAAUUACCAAGACGAAGAAGGUCGAUGUUACUCCGAUUCGUUAGCUGAGUUGUCAGAGUAUGACGAAUGCGAUGGUAACAGGAUUCGAGCUAUUUCAUUGGAUCUCAUCAAACGGCGACUUGAUAAAGGAUUGUAUAAGCGUUUGGAUAUAUUUCAAGAAGACAUUUUUAGUUGUCUGGAACGCGCACGCCGGCUAAGUCGCACAGAUUCUCAAGUAUUUGAAGAUUCAAUAGAAUUACAAUCGUUUUUUAUAAAAAAACGAGAUGAAUUAUGUCAAAAUGUGAAUGUACUUGAAUCUCCAGCCCUGAGCUAUAACACGAUGCACUUAAGUGCUGCUGUUGAGUCUCUGCGGCAAUCAAAAUUACUACAAGAAGAAGAAGCGGAUACCGAUAGUGAUGCAGUGCAACCAUCUCAAGGAGAAAGUAUGACGAUCGAUCAAAAAGUAUUUUCACCUGGGGACUUUGUCUACAUCGAUUUGCCCGAAAACAAAAUUCCUGGCAUAAUGUACAUAGAGCGCUUGUGGACCACUAGUGACAACAUCAAAAUGAUGAAUGGUUUGUUACUGCUUCGCCCCCACGAAACUUUUCACGUUCAGACUAGGAAAUUCAUGGAACAAGAGCUUUUCAAAAGUGAUCAACGAAUAGAAAUUCCAUUGUCAAAGGCUUUAAAUAAGUGUUUUGUAAUGCAUAUACGAGAUUACGUUAAACUCAAACCUGAAAAUUUUUCCAGUAAAGAUGUAUUUGUAUGCGAAUCACGGUAUAGUUCAAAGGCGAGAUCGUUUAAAAAACUCAAAACAUGGAAUCUUGUGCGCGCAAAUGACCCUGUGAAAUUAACAGCACGAGAAACACCAAUUGAAGUGAAACGUGUAAUGUCGGUUUUCAAAGAGCGCGUGGAAAAGCAUAAAGAAGAGCUUUCUGAAUUACAGCUCCAAGAAGCAAUUCCUGAAAAGGAGAAACCAAACGUAGUUAUUUACAUGAAUGGUGUUGAGGAUGGUAAUGUAUACUACGAACAAUACAAUACCGUUUGUGGUGGCGUAGUGAAGACCGGCGAUUAUGUGUAUGUUGCUACUGAAUCUGGCAAGCAAUCGAUUUCACAGAUCACUUCAAUUUGGGAAACAAAAGACGGGAAAGUUUUGUUUCGAGGGCCGUGGCUUCUAACUCCUCCUGAAGUCCCAGGCACGGUAAAUCGCCUAUUUUAUAGGCAAGAAGUUUUACUUUCGACAAUUCAAGAAACAACUUCCGCGGUAGCAAUUGUUGGGCGUUGUGCGGUUCUAGAUCAAAGCGAGUAUAUAACUAGGAGGCCAACCGAAAUAGCUGAAUCAGAUGUAUAUAUGUGUGAAUCCAUUUUCGAUGAAUUCAAAAAACAAAUAAGAAAGAUUGUCGCUCCUUCUGGAUUACGUAAAUUUACUCACAGUCAGAUGGUCACAACAGAUGAAAUAUAUCAUUUCCGACGUCCUAUUAACCCUCCCAAGGUCACAUGUGGUGAGAUUGCUUCAGCCCAGGAGAAUAAACCGAUUUCGGCGAAUGAUUUGACGGACAUGAAGGACGACUUUGGUAUCAUCGAUGAUUCAAUCGAUGGCCCUCCGUCAAUUGGCUCGGACACAAUCAUGACGGCAUCGCCACAUCCAACACAUUCUAUCAACACCAGUACCCCGUCGAUGACCACCAAAAAAACAUCUAAGCCGGGCAAGAAGCUAGUUACAGGCUACAUAUUGUACUCUAGUGAACAUCGGAAGACUAUCUGUGCCAGUAAUCCGGAAGCAACGUUCGGUGACGUAUCACGAAUAGUCGGAAACGAGUGGCGUAAUUUGAGCGAUCAAGAGAAGACUAUAUGGGAGCAGCGCGCCAUUAAAAUGAAUGAAGAAAGCGCAGCAAAACAUGCAGCUGAAAUGGGUGAAUCAAAUUGUCCCAGCCCAGCGAACCUCAAGACCGAGAGUCCAAUCAUUCAGGACAUCAUAACCAAUCAUGCGUAUGAGUGCUGUUGGGAUAAAUGUGACUUUCAGUUUGAGGAUCCCGCGGAAUUCUCUGAGCAUUGCAUUGCUGAAGGUGUAGGAUGUGUUUACAAGUCCUUCGUAGCGCCAACUGAACAAGAAUUUAUCUGUAUCUGGAGAAAUUGUGUACGACUUCGACGAAAUAUGCCUCCUUUUCCAUCUGUUACACGACUUGUGAAACAUGUCAAAGAAGUACAUCUAACGAAAGGAGUUAGCAAAUUAAUUCAACCGCAGGACCGUAGCAAAAACUACGUACAUUCUAAGCGCUUUACAUCCGGCAUACAGAUCGGAAAUAAUGCAGGAAUGAGUGGAAGUAACACGAACACCAAUAACAUCGGAAUGAUAACCUUGCAACCAAUGGGUAACGUAGGAAAUCAUUCAUCGCAUAGUACUAGCGGAAACCUUAUGGCAUUGUCAUCGCAAAACCCUGGUGUCAAUCAAAUUCAAUCAAUGCACGCACAGCAACCUCCAUCGAUGCCCAAUGCAAAUGGAAUCAAUGCACAACAAAUUGGCAGUACGAUUGCUACGCCAUACUUUAGCUAUAUUUCGAGUCAACCGGCGGAACCAUUAUUUGUAACAGUACCACCACGACCACAGCGAGUGCUACAUUCUGACGCAUAUAUAAAAUAUAUAGAGAGGCUUCAACAGAAAUCAACAUAUAUAACGCCGUGGCAAAAAACGUUCACAGCAAGAAAAGAAUCAAUUCCUAAUACUGAUGUCAACAGACUUCCAUCACAGUGGCUAGGUAAACGUGGUCAAGAUCGCCCCGAGGUUGUAAUUGAUGCUUUAUGGGAUUUGCGAAAUUUCAUGAUGAAAGAUGUUAUACAAUUUGAUCGUUUUUAAACAUUAUCCAUUUUACUGUAGUGUCAACUGCUAAAAUAAGUUAUUUCAAUUUUUUAUUUCACAUAAAAAAAUGAAUAUUUGAUAAACUUUUUUAGUAUAUUUCCUAAAUAUAUUAUAUUUGUUUCAUCAAAAUUAGGAGUAACAACUUCUUUCUGUAUGUAAGCAGUAUCCUAUAAUUUGCAUUGACUAUAAUUUCAGUCGAGUAAUCGACGUUUCACCGAUGUAUUGUUGCACCAAGCGUGUUACGGUUCCUGCACAACCCCAUGCAAGAGAGAUUCCUGCGCCGCCAUGCCCAUAGUUAUGUAUUACAGCAUGAUUCUGACCUAAAACAAGAAACAAUUAUACAUGAUGCGUACGGAUAAUUAAUAAAAUCUUACCAUUAUCAAAA